CCAACAUGUAUGAAUGCGAGCCCCACUAGGUACUUGCCCGGUUGCUACCAUGUCGUGCUACGGAGUACUGGCGGCAGUGUUGGCCUACAGCAUUUGGGGACUCUCGGCGCUCUACUGGAGCCUCCUCGCCCAUGUCAAGCCGGAGCAACUUGUCUCGCACCGCAUCGUGUGGUGCUUUGUGAUUGUGUUGAGCAUUGUGGCGGCCACGCAAUGGAAAUCGUUUCGGAGCUAUGCCUUGUUGUGGCCCAACAUCCGGCUGCAUGCCGUGGCCGCGACGCUCCUGGCGACCAACUGGUGGCUCUUCGUCUGGUCUGUCCACGCCGGGUACGUCGUGCAAGCGUGCUUGGGGGGAUAUAUCCUCCCCCUUGUGACGGUGCUCCUGGGGGUCGUGGUCAUGGGCGAGCGCCUGCGCAUGUGGCAAAUCGUGGCAAUCUGCCUUGCAGGUAUCGGCGUUCUGGUCAUUUCGAUCGGAUUUGGCGUCAUUCCGUGGCUGUCGUUUGCGUUGGCCCUCACAGACGGCGCGUACGGCCUGAUCAAGAAGAAAUCCACGGUCGCCAGCAUCGAAGGCGUGGUUAUUGAGACAGGCACCCUCGUUCUGCCUGCGGUCGGCUACCUCGUGUUUGCCGAAGUGCAGGGGGUUGGGGCGUACGGACAUGGCACUGUGUUUACGAACGUGCUGUUGAUGGGCGGAGGAGUCUUGGCUACGACGUCGCUCAUUUCGUUUGCGUAUGCUGUGCACCACAUGCCCCUGACGCUAGUAGGGGUGCUGCGAUACAUCACCCCCACGAUCCAAGUAUUUUUGGCCGUGUAUGUCUAUCGCGAGCCGUUCACGCCCGUCAACAUCGUCGGGUUCGUCCUCUUGUGGGCCGCCUUGAUCCUCUUUACAAGUCAAAGCUACUUCAAGCAUCAAGAACAGCUGAAAGAAGAAGCGCAUUCGUCGCUCUUGGCAAUCGCGUCCCUGGAGGAGGCGGUGGUACAUAAAGCCACAUGA